AUGGAAGCUACAAGACUUCUGGAAGAGGUACAUGCUGGAGUCUAUGGACCUCAUAUGAACAGGCUUACUUUGGCAAAGAAGAUCCUUCAGGCUGACAAUGAUGCAAACCUCAACAGUCAUUUGAUGAAGGAGAUAUGUGAGCAAUUCAAGAUUACUCACCAAAAUUCGACUGCUUAUCGUCCUCAAAUGAAUGGAGUUGUAGAAGUUGCCAAUCAGAACAUCAAAAAGAUUUUGAGAAAGAUUAUUGAUAAUCACAGAGUAUAUGGGACAGAAGCAGUGAUACCUGCUGAAGUUGAAAUACCUUCAUUGAGGCUCAUUCAAGAAGCCAAACUGAGCAGUGUUGAUUGGGUUCGUAAUCGGAUUGAACAUUUAGCCUUAAGUGAUGAAAAGAGGAUGACCGAUGUUUGUCAUGACCAAUUAUAUCAACAGAGAAUGAUUCGUGCUUUCAACAAAAAAGUGAGAUCUCGAACAUUUGAAGAAGGACAAUUGGUCCUCAAACAUAUCUUCCCCCAUCAAGAUGAGUAUAAGGAAAAAUUUUCACCAAAUUGGCAAGGACCAUACAUGGUUCGUAAAGUGUUAUCUGGAGGUGCCUUGAUCCUGUCAGAGAUGGAUGACCAAGAGUGGCCAAAACCAAUCAACUCAGAUGUUGUCAAGAGAUACUACAUCUGA